UGGCACUUCCUCCAUCCUGUCCCCUGUUCCCCUUUGUACAGUUGCAUCUUUCUCCACCUCUCCUGGGGUUUCACAGCCAUUGACUGCAAGGUGUAUAUAAGACCCGGCUAGGAUGUCACCACCACUGAAGUUAGCCAGGACACAGCAUAAAGAGGACACUUAACCCUGACCAGGACGAAUCCUUCUUCUAUUCUCCCGGAGCCUUUGCAGUCAACAGGUGUAAUCGGACAGCCGACAUCUUCUUCUUCCUCCUCCUUUGUCAUCAACAUUCAUCUGACCUCCUCUCCAGCCUGAGACCAUGGACACAGCUGCAAUGGUGACUCUUCUGGCUCUGGUUAUGGCUCUGGCUGGCGUCAGUCAGGCUCUUCACAUCCAAGGCGGUCUGGACAAAAAUGACAUCCUGCCAGGCAGCUCAGAGGAGAACAUGGCCGACCGCCUGCUGGGGCUGGAGAGUGAAAACACAGAUAACAGCAUUGAUGACCGUCUGCUCGCCUCAGUGCUGAGAGCUCUGCUGUUCGGAUCUCCGAGAGAAACCAGAAACUCUGUCCUCCAUCAGCCACAGAGGUUUGGCCGCGGCUCCAGAGGGGAGGUAGUUUCAGAGGAUCAGAUACAUUCCCGCGAUUGGGAGGCUGCCCCCGGUCAGAUCUGGAGUAUGGCUGUGCCCCAGAGAUUUGGCAAAAAAUAGUCUGGCAAGCAGAUCCACACAUCACUGUCCUGGCACAAGGCCGAGCAGCACGGAGAAUGUGGAGAGACUAAAUUUGAAUGAAUAAAUGAGAAUUAUAUUAAAACUCUCCCGUUCUUUUCAGUAUUUUUCCGGCCCAUUAGGCCUUACUUGCCAACCGAUGUUUCAUUGAAGAUGACACAAGCUUCAUUCUACUUUUUUUUCUGAUUUCCAACACCGCAAAGCAUGUUGACUGGUCCCUAUUAAGG